ACCCAUCCCCCUGUGCCUUUUCAGCCUCCCUAUAGCUCCCCAUAUUUCCGUGUAUCUUCAUAGUUUCCCAUCCACUCUCCUAACCCCAGAGCUGCAGCCAUAUUCCUUGAGGAGCAGGGCUUCAGUCUCAUUGAAAACAAUGGGAGCUGAUGGCCAUCUUUACUAGGGGCAGCCUCACUUCCACAUGCCAAAAUUUCAGGGAAAUAGUGCCAUUUUGAAUAAGGGCAGUGCGAGUCCAGCCCCCCUGAAAGUCAUGGAAAGAUGACAGCCAUGUGGAGCAAGGGGAAAAUGUGCGAGUUCUGUGCCACUAACUGUGAGAUCUUUGUGAGAAACUUCUAAAAAUCCCAGCUAAAUAUCAUGAGACUCAUGCUAAAAUUACCAGAGUUGGCAUCUGGGCAUCACAUUUUCCACACAGAAACUGUGUGUUUUUAAUGAAAGCUUUGAGAAACUUCACUUUCGUCUCUGGGAAGGGGGAUUUUUCAGCCCUGCCUGUGACUGAACUGGUGGGACUGUGACGGGGGCAGCAAGUUCUGAGUGGGGGACUCUGGCUGUUUCAGGGGUCGGUAACCUUUGAGGAGCUGGCUGUGUAUUUCACGGAGGAGAAGUGGGCUGUGCUGGACCCCCAUCAGAGAGCUCUCUACAGGGACGUCAUGCAGGAGAACUAUGAGAACGUGACCGCAUUGGCAGGUGAUGGGACGCGGAGUGAGAACGAAGUGGGGAAUCUGCCUCAGGAAGGUCCUGAGCAAGUGCAACGGCACAGAGCAUUAUCAGAGAACAUGUCCCACAGUCCUGAGCAAGGAGAUGCCUGUGAGAGUCAGCACAGGGCAGACAUGCAGCAGGGAACCCACCCAGGGAACAGACAGGAUAAAUCCACUCACCAGGGGGGCAGUUUGAAAGACCUUAAUAAAGACUUGAUGCAGCCGAGAAUCUGCCCCAAAGAUAAACUGUAUCAGUGUGCUGAGUGUGACAGAAGCUUCAAUCGGAGUUCAAACCUUCUUGUCCAUCAGAGAGUCCACACAGGAGAGAAACCCUAUAACUGCCCCAAGUGUGGGAAAAGCUUCAGUGAUGGCUCAGCCCUGACUAAACAUCAGAGGAUCCACACCGGAGAGACACCCUAUGUCUGCUCUGACUGUGGAGAAAGCUUCAAUCAGAGAUCAAACCUUACUGUACAUCAGAGAGUCCACACGGGAGAGAGACCCUAUAGCUGCCCUGACUGCGGGAAACGGUUCACUCACUUCUCAAACCUUGUUAAACACCAGACAAUCCAUGCGGGAGAAAAACCCCAUAAGUGCCCCAACUGUGGGAAACAUUUCAGAUGGAGCUCACAACUUAUUAAACACCUUGAUUCACACCAGAGAGCCCACAAGGGAGAAGAACCCUAUCGCUGCUCUGACUGUGGGAAACGCUUCAGUUAUAGCUCACACCUUAAUAGACAUCAAAUUAUCCAUACCGGAGAAAGACCCUAUAAAUGCCCCGACUGUGGGAAAAGCUUCAAGCUGAGCUCCAUCCUUCUUGUACAUCAGAGAAUCCACACGGGGGAAAGACCCUAUCACUGCCUUGAAUGCGGGAAAAGCUUCUGUGACAGCUCAGGCCUUAUUAGACAUCGGCGAAUCCAUACCGGGGAAACACCCUUUCAAUGUUCUGUCUGUGGGAAAAGUUUCACUCGGAAAUCGCAUCUUAUUUCACACCAGAGAACCCACACGGGAGAGACACCCUAUAAAUGUUCUGUCUGUGGGAAAAGCUACAAGGUGAAGGUCUCUCUAAUGUCCCACCAGAAACUCCACACAGGAUACUCUGAGCAGAGUGCCCCAGACUGGAACCGGAGCUCCACCAUCUGCGACUGCGCCGUGAAUGCCACCAACAAGCUUGAAUUGGGGCCGGUGACCUUCGAGGAGGUGGCUGUGUAUUUCACGGAGGAGGAGUGGGCUCUGCUGGACCCAUGUCAGAGAACCCUCUACAUGGAUGUGAUGCAGGAGAAUUAUGAGAAUGUGUCCUUGCUGGCAUUUCCCAUUCCCAGACCUGAGGUGAUCCCCCAGCUGGAACAAGGGGAAGAACCAUGGGGCUAUGUGGAAAGGGAGCUCUUCAAAAACACUUGCACAGGAUGGGUUGGUGGGUGUAAUGAGGAGAAGAACCCUGGGCAGGAAGGUCCUGAGCAAGUGGAACUGCAGGGGACCUUACUGGGAAGACGUGAAGAGGAAGUUUCCCAGAGUCCGGAGCAGGGACAUGCCUGUGAGAGUCAGCCCAGACCAGAGAGGCAGCAGGGGAACCACCAAGAGCAGAGAUCGUGUAAAUCCACUCACCGAGAUGGAGAUCUGAAUAACCUGAAUGAAACUACGAUCCAGCCAAGAAUCUGCACUAAAGAGAAACCGUAUGAAUGUGCUGAUUGCAGGAAAAACUUCAGUCGGAGAUCAAACCUGAUUGUACAUCAAAGAAUCCACAAGAGAGAGAAACCCUUUAAAUGCCUCAACUGUGGGAAAAUGUUCAAGGUGAAAUCAGACCUUACUAAACAUCAGAGAAUCCACAGUGGAGAAAGCGCCUAUAAAUGCCCCGAGUGUGGGAAAAGCUUCAGUCAUAGUUCAAAGCUCACUGCACAUCUGAGAGUUCAUACAGGAGAGACACCCUAUAAAUGCUCUGAGUGUGGGAAAAACUUCUCUCGUGGCUCAAAUUUAAUUGUACAUCAUAGAGUCCAUUCGGGAGAGAGACCCUAUAAAUGCCCUGCGUGUGGGGAAAGCUUCAAGCACAGCUCAUCUGUCUGUAGACAUCAGAGAAUCCACAUUGGAGAAAGACCCUAUAAAUGCACCCAAUGUGGGAAAAACUUCAGUCAGAGCUCAGUCCUCACUAAACAUCAGAGAACCCACACAGGAGAAUCACCCUAUAGCUGUUCUGUCUGUGGGAAAAGCUACAAGACAAAGUUGGAGCUAAUGUCUCACCAGAAAUUCUACACAAGAUAGAAGGUGUUGGGAGCUCUCCCUGUGGGUAAAUGGGUCUGUGCCCUCCUGCAGCAAAGUGUAAAUGUGCUGCAUUUGAGGAGGGUCUGGGUAGAGUCAGAAGGCAGGUUGAUGGUUGGGGUUUCAGUGGUGGGAGGUUGGUGGGGGCCAGGGAGGAGGAAACGCUGGGUCCUAGAGAGAUGGGUCAUUUCAGAGUCUGGAGGGAGCAGGCAAAGGGAUUAGUUGGGAGACAUUUCUGUGGAUUCCACACACACUUUCCAAUGUAGAGAAGAGGUAAAAAUACCCAGUCGCGGUUUGUGUCUGACCAUCUCUGCAGCUCCGAAGGCCCCUCAUGGUGGGGAUAAGGGGACAUUAUUCAGGGAGGCAGCCAUGGGACCUGUAGCUAUAAGGCAGUGAGAGCUGCUGAUGUGAAGUCUCAGGAUUUCAAAGUAGUGCUCAGGGUAUGGAAUAUUUCUGGAUACAGAGAGGUGGGCUGCAGAUUGGGGAAUGUGUGGGGGUGUUAUCUGUGGGGUGGGAUCUUUGGGGUAUUGCACUGUUGCUGUGUGGGCAGUAUGGUGUAAUAGUGAGAGCAGGGAGACUAGGAAUCAGGACUCUUGGGUUCUCUUCUGCACUCUGCAUGAGGAGUAGGGUCUAAUGGGCUAGAACAGGAGAGACAACUAUGAAUCAGGACUCCCAGGUUCCGUUCCCAGCUCUGCUAAUAUUUACAUUUGUGACCUUAUACGAGUGGCCCUUCCCCUGAAUCUUCCUGCUAGGAAACUUUUAGUGAGCCAAAGGGAAAGUUCAUCUGGUUUCCUUUGACCCUGUUUGCAGGGACAGGCUCUGCUCAUGUUGUUACACAUUGGGAUUAUUCCUGAAAUACAGUAGAACCUCCGAGUUAUGAACAAAUCGGGAAUGCAGGUUGUUCGUAACUCUGAACAAAAUGGUAUGGUUGUUCUUUCAAAAGUUUACAACUGAACAUUAACUUAAUUCACCUUUGAAACUAUACUAUGUAGAAUAAAUAUGCUGUCUUUAACCAUCUUAAUUUAAAUGAAAUAAGCACAGAAAUGGUUU